AACUUUAAUCUCGUUUUAGCAUACUUUCUUUUUCUAGUUCUAAGAAACUCCUGGCGUCUUCGAAUGCUCGCGGGGAAUUAUCUCGCGUGGACGGAUGGACGAUUCGAGAGCGCAUCGAUUGAAUGUCGUCGAAUUACAAUCUCGCAGCUCGAUGGAUCUGAGCGGCAAUUGAGGUUGAACGUUCCAACCACAGACUUCUGUACAGCACUAGACCGCUACCUUCGAGCUGAAAAGUGAGGCAAGAGUUCCGCCAUAUCUUGUGAGCUCGAAGGUAGCAGUCUAGCAGUAUAUAGAAGUGGUUCCAAAACGCUCGAAGCGUCCGGACGAGCGGGAAGAACUUAUUUGCGGCGAUAUGUUUGCAUUAGCAUUUUUCGAAGAUUUCGUAAUCGCCUCUCCUCCCCCCCUCCCCCCCUCUCUCUCUCUCGCCGGCGAGUGACGCCGCGUUAAUUUACAUUCGCGGAAGUCGGCGGGGUCGCGUGUAUUUGACUUCUGGCACGAGCAAUACUUUUUCCACGCGAUCGUUAUCGCUGCGUAAUUGAGCAGGUGACGAUUACUUUUUUCUAACGGCUCUUUUUUUUGACCAGUACUCUCCAGCGUGACUGCUCCGGCUGAAUGAUAGCACGCUGACGCGCGCUGGAUAAUCAUAAGGGCGGAGCGCGGCGCGCGCGAAUCCAGAUGCGAAAUUUUAUCGCGGCAAUUAAGCGUCCGAUAACGAAAUCAAUAGCGGCCGUUAUUUCCCGCCCGAAUCCGAAUCCGUGGAGGGGACCGGCUGGAGGACACGGCCGAUCAUCCGGAGAGGCGAGAGCCGCGCUUUUUUUUCCCCCGGAGAAAAUCAACAUCCGCGCGCGUCCGACGGCAGGGUACAAAUUCCUCGCGCGCUGCCGACGAGAGAAAAAGUUCACCUCGGGGAGUCGUUGAGCGACCGGCAUUAUACCGUGUGCAUAUACAUAUGCGCAGGAGAGACGUUCGCGCGUCGUUUGGUCAAGUACGAAAGAACAGGAGUGAUUGUAUCCUGGAAGAGCUACUGAGCCGUAGCGGAAGUAACAAAAUGUGCUUGUGACUGAACACAGACCUUUUACAUCGGGAGAAAAUAAUGCUUAGAACUAUCAUAUAUCUUUGUAUAACCUGACUGUAUCGACAAUGCAAGCCAAGAAACGCUAUCUAUUAUUGUUUGUAACAUGCGCGUUUCUUGGUUACUGCUACUUCGGCGGAUACCGUUUAAAAAGCGAAAAGUGGACAGGCAGAUCUCAGUUGCCUUACGAGCGAUUGCCUUCAUAUUUAAGUCUAAACGAAGAGUUCUAUGACAAAGAUUUAAAGACAUCCAGCGGGGCAUUGGCUAUGUCUCAGCGUACACGGCAUUGCCGCAUGGAGACCUGCUUCGACUUCACCAGGUGCAAGCAAGGUUUCACCGUGUACGUCUACCCAGUCGAGGAUGUGAUAAGUCCACUAUACCAAAAAAUAUUAAACGUUAUCACCGAGUCGAGAUAUUACACGUCGGACCCAGCACGGGCAUGUAUAUUUGUCUUAGCCCUGGAUACGUUAGAUAGAGAUCCCUUGUCCACUGAAUUUGUACACAAUCUUCCCUCGAAACUGUUACACCUGCCAUAUUGGAAUAACGGAAGGAAUCAUCUGAUAUUUAACUUAUAUUCUGGUACGUGGCCCGAUUAUGUGGAAGAGUCGCUUGCCUUCGACGUGGGUUACGCCAUACUCGCCAAGGCCAGCAUGUCCAUCUUUAAACACAGACGCGACUUCGACGUGUCGAUACCUCUCUUUGGCAAACAACAUCCGGAACGCGGCGGAGAGCCCGGCCAGGCGUUGGAGAACAAUUUUCCCAAUAACAAAAAGUACGUGGCGGCUUUCAAGGGGAAGCGUUACGUACACGGCAUUGGAUCCGAGACCAGAAAUGCUCUCUAUCAUCUGCACAAUGGUAAAGAUUUGGUAUUCGUUACGACCUGCCGUCACGGGAAGGCCUGGAGGGAAUUGCAGGACGAACACUGUCAGCAAGAUAAUCAGGAGUACGAUACAUACGACUAUGAAAUUCUAUUAAUGAAUGCUACAUUUUGUCUGGUUCCGCGAGGACGGCGAUUAGGUAGCUUUCGAUUUCUGGAAGCCCUGAGGUCAGGAUGCAUCCCAGUUAUUUUGAGCAACGGUUGGGCUCUUCCCUUUCACGAGCGUAUCGAUUGGACUCAAGCUGUAAUAUUUUCCGACGAGAGACUAUUACUCCAAAUUCCAGACAUAUUACGAUCUGUGUCCAAUGUACAAAUUCUUAAAUUGCGACAGCAAACACAAUUUUUAUGGGAGAGAUAUUUCUCUUCUAUCGAAAAAAUUGUAUUCACCGUGUUCGAGAAUAUUCGCGAGCGUUUGCCGUGGGAGGGCGCGCGGGAACGAAUCGUCUGGAAUACCAGUCCUGGAGCACUAGCGAUUUUGCCACAGUUUGCCGACAGCCAGCAGGAACUUCCCUUUUCGAACAGCAAUCCUGGUAACACUUUCACUGCCAUAAUUUAUUCUCAAUUGGGAUCCACCGCCGUACUUUAUCGUUUACUUAGGAGUCUCGCGAAAAGCAAGUACCUAGAUAAGAUAAUACUUAUGUGGAACUCGGACAUUCCGGUGCCAAGGAAACCACGCUGGCAGGGCAUCAGAGCGUCAAUCCACGUUGUCGCGGUUGACGGUAUAUCUCAACGUUUUUAUCCUCAUCCGUUAAUCAAAACUAGUGCCAUAUUGUCGCUCGACGAGGACGCCACUCUAAAUACCGACGAGAUUGACUUCGCUUUUACGGUCUGGCGGUCAUUUCCCGAUCGAAUAGUAGGGUAUCCAGCGAGGUCUCACUAUUGGGAUGACUCAAAGCGUUCCUGGGGUUACACCAGCAAGUGGACAAAUGACUACAGUAUCAUUCUCACCGGUGCCGCUUUUUAUCACCGCUACUAUAAUACUCUGUAUACCGAGUUAUUGAGCUCGACUCUCCACAAGACCGUGGAGCAGUCGCAGAACUGCGAGGAUAUACUCAUGAAUUUCCUGGUGAGUCACGUAACUCGAAGGCCACCUAUCAAAGUGACGCAGCGCAAGCUGUACAAAGAUACCGCGGUAGCUGGGAUUAGAUCGCCGUGGAACGACCCGGAUCAUUUUAUACAGCGGCAAACCUGCAUGAAUACAUUUGUCGCUGUCUUCGGGUAUAUGCCACUGCUGCGAUCUAACAUGCGGCUGGACCCCGUUCUGUUCAAAGAUCCCGUGAGCAAUUUGCGCAAGAAGUAUAGGCAAAUUGAACUAGUUAGUAAUUAGAAUUGUACACAUUGCUCGAUUACGCGUGACUAUUUAAUUCUUCAAGCGCGCCGGAUGACGCGAAAACUCCGCGUACGCUAUUAGAUCUAUUCCUUUUAGCGCACUUAUCUUUUUUGCACUUGACGGUGAAAAUAGGAUCGUAAGAGAGAUACAUAUACGUGCGGAGUUUUCGACAAAAAGGUUUGUCGGGGAAUUGUGGGCGAGUGCAAUAAGUAUAAGUAUAGCUAAAAAACAGAUCUACCGUUGCUUGCCGUACGAGUGUGCAUGCACAGAUGUACGGGGGACAUUUGCGCGUUUGCGUGCUACGCCAUAUUAGACUAUCGGUGUUGUCGGGCAGCAAAUCAAAGUCCGUUAUUCAGCAAGGACGCAUGGCGCAGGAUAGCCCUGCGAUUUAUUUGCGAGUAAUUUUGUACAAAUUGUAGAAUCGUAACGACGCCGUUUCUAUUUGACGAUGUCUCGCGCAGCUGUCGCUGCGUCAGCAUUUAAUUGAUGUACAUACAAAUCGUUUCGUAAUUAUUAAUGAAAAAAGAACCCAAGUUGUUUAAGAAAGACAUUUGGAUUUUUCACGUACUGGCCAUUGAAAUCGUUUGUGCGGUUUAGUAAAAAGGGAGAAGGAAAAAUCAAAUCUUUUUGUGACGAUUAUUCUGCAGAUAAAGAGGGCAGACAAAGAGGGAGCAGAAAGAUAUCGCGUUUUGUAUGUAUAACGAUAUUUUUAAUCAUAAAGAUUUGCGAAUGUUUUUUCUAUUUGAAUAAAUGUAUUUCACGUAAUUCCUCUUAGAUUUCGGGAUACGUAAGAAAUCCGUAAAGUUUUAGCAGACUUCGUCAAGUGCUUUGAUAAUGACGCGAAAGUCGACGUUUGUAUUGCGGGGCGAGGUGCAAGCAAGAUCUGUUUAUAUUUAAAACAAUUGUAAAGAUGUUAGGGUUUAAUGCGAUCAUUGAUAUCGAUCAUUCUUAGUAUCCAAUAAUUUUAAUGUGGUAUGAUUUUAAGCGUCGCCUUACUAACCCUCCCUCCCCCCGUCCUUUCCCCCCUUCUCCCCGUUUUAAAAUAUAUACUUCGUAUACUUGAAGUUGAUUAAAAUUUUCAUGUCCGACGAGACUCUGUCAAUUUAUCUAAUCGUACACAAUUUGUGUGCAUACUGUGUGCGUAUGCAUCGUUAACUCUGUAAUCCCCUUCUACCGAUCGCAUUGGUUUCGCGCGUCCAAUAUUAUCCAGCAUAUUCGAAUAUACUGCCGAGUUCUCAGGAGCAUGCUUGGAAAGAAGGAAAACGAGAGAGAAAUUUUCUUUGUCAAGGCGUCGCAACAAUAUCUAGUCGUUUACACCGAUAUACGUUGUUACACGAUGAGAGAAAUGACAUUGUAAUCCCUCGGUUAGAUGGAUUGCGCAAUAAUGUGGCAUCUGCAUGCGUCUCAAAGACGGAAAGCUAUUUGUACAUGUGAUAUGUUCUUUUCUCUACUGUACGUUCCGUAAUUACUCGAGAGGAGUGUCGAGGAAGCGCUAUCAUUUUUAUGCAUAUUAAUAUUUCUGCAACUUGAGGAGGCGCGCGUAUGCGUUAGAAUCAAAAGCGGCCGCGGGUCAACUGAAGCUCUCGUUCCGGGAUUUCGUAUUGCCAUUAAUUUCCGGCGGUCAUACGUCUACUUUGCGAUCGUCCUUGAGUUGCGUCGAUUGAUCAAUGUAAAUUAGUAUCUGGGUGUAUAUAGAAACUGGUAGGAUAAUCACUAUCUUUUCGAUUGCUCGGCGAACAAUCCUAAUCAAAUAUGUUCCGAUCGUUGCCGGCCACUGGAAGCAAACAUAAUCUUCGUACAAAGAGAACAAGUUCUACGCAGUGGCCGUAGAUAUUUUGAUUCUAAUUCCGAUACGAAGCGAUGAUUCCGAUCUGUUAAACAUUUUCCAUGUAAUCGUAUUGCGGAAAAAGAAAUAAUGUAAGGUAAUAAGAUAUAGCGUUAGUCAUUUUAUAUGGGGAAAAAAAAUAAACUGUUUUGUACAAAAUGCC